CAGCAAUUUUGUGCUUCCGCAAGGUAAGUCACGACGAUAUCGCUGGGCGACUCGUACUCAUAACCGCCCCAGAAAACAACAUGUCUCUCGUACCAGCACGAAACGGUGCGAAUGCGCCGCCUACUCGCGCUGCCAACCUCGUCGAAACAAAGCAGUUCAAGACGUCCACCAAAGGCAAGGUGCCAACAGGAUACGCCGAAGAAAUUGCAAUUUCCGAGCAGAGCUUUCGCAGCCUACACCGCGACGUUGAGCAACAACAGGCUGCUGGAAGGAAGCGGAAACGGGAGGGCAAGGGCGACAGCAGCAAAGUGUAUGGUGCAGGCUCAUACAAGGGACCAUGGGCGAAAUACGAAGAACGACGCAUCGAUAGCGACAGUGGCGAAGAGAUAGAGGUUGAGGUCUCUGGCGACGAGAGUGGCGAGGGGGAAGUUGUCUAUGAAGAAGAUGCGAUCGUGCCCGUGCCGACGAAGGGCUCCAAGGCUGGCACGAGCUACGACGAGGUCGGCCAGGAUAAGGAGACGAGCACAUUCGAAGGAUCACAGCAAUACGACUACCAAGGCCGGACAUAUAUGCAUGUUCCACAAGAUCUGGACGUGGAUCUGAUUGGCGAUUUCGAGAACCUGGACCUCAAGUGCUACCAUCCGAAGAAGCUUGUGCACACAUACAAAGCGCAUGGCAAGAAUGCCCACGAGAAGGCGCUCACAUCUCUCAAAUACUUCCCUAACUCUGGCCACCUCUUGCUGUCUGCGGCUGCAGAUGGCAAAGUCCGUUUGUGGGACGCAUACCAUGAUCGCGAGUUGUUGCGUUCGUACAAUGGACACACCAAGUCAGUGGUGGAUGUUGACUUCACCCCUGACGGGACACGCUUCCUUACAGCAUCUUAUGAUCGCCAGAUGAAAGUGUGGGAUACUGAAACCGGACAAUGCAUUUCGCGCUUCAGCACAGGAAGCACGCCUCACGUAGUGCGAUGGCAGCCUGAGGACCCAAGCGGACAUGAAUUUCUCGCCGGCAUGCACGAUAAUAAGAUCGUCCAAAUGGACACGAGGCUACCCGCGGACGGGGAGAAGAAGAACCCCGUCCAAGAGUACGACCACCAUCUUGGCCCUGUCAACACCAUCACCUUCUGCGACGAGAAUCGACGCUUCAUCACCACGUCCGAUGACAAAUCUCUCCGAGCCUGGGAGUACAACAUUCCCGUGCCCAUCAAAUUCAUCGCGGAGCCAUACAUGUUCCCCAUGGUCAAGUCAGCCUCGCACCCUGCCAAGGGCGCCGUCUUGCUGCAAUCCUCAGACAACACAAUCAAAGUCUACAACACAGGCGAGAAAAUUCGCCAGAACCGGAAGAAAGACUUCCGAGGACACAACAAUGCUGGCUACGCCAUCGACCUCGCCGUGUCUCCGGAUGGUGGCAUCGUGGCUUCGGGUGAUAGCGGAGGCUUUGUGUGCUUUUGGGACUGGAAGAGCUGUAAGAUGUGGCACAAGAUCAAGGCCAGUGAUGCAGCUGUUGUGUCUGUUGCAUGGCACCCACGAGAAUCGAGUAAAGUGGUUACGGGUGAUUUGAAUGGUAUGGUGAAGUAUUGGGAUUAAGAAUAUCUUAUGCAGUUCUGCACAAAGUAGUGCUAUGAAUGGAACGAUCUGGCUGCAUCACGGUCUUGAUGGUCUGCAUUGGUUCGCGCUUGACAGUGUUUGCGUCCGUGUCUUUAUUGGUCCGGUCUAUUGUGGUGCACCUGGUACGCUAUGCAAUGUACGUCUUGGCGACAUGGGAGUGAAUGACUCGGAUCCUGGUCACUUAAGCUUCGCUCGGUGUCCAGGCUCAAGACAAGGUAUAUGACGAGCGUGCCUCCUGCUCGAGAGUGGUUCGCGCAGAUCAUCGAUGGGAUUCGUGGGCUGGAGUCUGGCCCAAUGCACUGGCCAAAGCGUCCACAGGACACCAGAGUGCUGGUUCACCUAUCCUUC